AUGGAGUUUAUCAUUCCGACCGAAGCCAAGGAGCUGUGGGGGGAGGGGGCAGGCACUACCGGCCUGUCCGUCUCCCGGGUGGUCGACCUGUCGGGAGCCAGCCAGGGCGAGCUCGAGGAAGUGGCAGAACGCAUCACAUUCCAGCUCUACGACCGCGACCCCCUAGGGGUGGUGGACCAGGCCUUCUUCGAUGACCUGGUGGGCCUCGUGCGGGCCUUCCCCCUGCUGUCCGAGUCCCGGAGGGGCCUGCUGGUGGACGGCCUGGCCUCUAGCCUGACCUGCCUCACCAGCUGGACUGACCGGGCGCUGGCGUCGCGGGAGCAGGACGCAGCGGGCACGGCACAGCACCGUUCCGCCCUCCGCGCCCACGUCUUCUUCCUCUCCUGGCUGGUGCGGCAGUGGCUCAGCCUCAGGGAGGGUGACGCCGCGUCGCAGCCCGCUGCCUUGCAGGCGGCCAAGCCCGGCCCCAGGAAGCGGACAGUGGAGGGGGCUGCGGCCGGGUCGGAGGCCAUCCUCCCCACGGCCGUCAAGGCGGCGGCUGCCUCCCUGAACACCGACCUCUGGGCCCUGUUCAGGCCGGCGGGACCCGAUGAGCAGCUGCUCCUGUGCUACAGCCUGCUGGCCACCUCGCUCCUGGACCGCCCCGCCGCAUGCCGGGAUGGUGUGGCGGUGGGCAACGCCGGGCACGUGCUGUCGGCCCUGGCCCUCAAGUACGGCCGGGAGGAAAGCGUGGCCGCGGGCCUGGUGGAGCUCAUCAGCACGCGCGAGCACAGCCCGGGCCCAGUGGCAGAUCUCCUCCGCGACUCGGUCGCCAAGUGGGGCAGCGCCAGCCUGGCCUCGGCGGUGGUGGGGGGCCUGGCCGCGGUCGACCCCGCAGAGUACGCUCGCCAGCAGUCUGCCACCGGCGAGAAGGCGGGCGUGCGCUCGGUGGCGGUGUUCUUCGAGGAGCUGGCCGCCAGGCUGCCCAAGCUGCUGGCGAGACACGUGAGCCUGCUGCUGUCACACCUAGGCGGCGCGGCCCACACCCUGAGGUCCAGCAUCGUGACUGCUUCGGGCCUGCUCCUGCAGCGCGCCUUUGAGCGCGAGGACGAGGAGGAAAGCGCGACGGCCACUGCCGCCCGCCUGCGUGGAAAGCAGCACCUGCUGGAUGUGCUGACUCAGCGCGUUCGCGACACCAGCUCCUACACCCGCCGCGCCUGCCUGGCCGCCUGGCAGGGCCUGGCGGAGACCCGGACGCUGCCGCUGGGCCACUGGGCGGCCGUCACGGACAUCGCCGUCGGGCGACUGGAGGACAAGAGCUCGCUGGUGAGGCGGGAGGCCCUGCGCCUCCUGCAGUGCCUCUUGCUGCACAACCCCUUUGGCCCCGCCUUGCCGGUAGGGGCUUUCGCGGCCUCCCUGGCUUCCCACCGUGCCGCUCUGGAGGUGUUGGCCCCUGACCAUGCCGAGGACGAGUUCCAGGGCCUGAAGCUGGAGGGCGGGCGGGACGGCGCCACGGAGCCGGGUCAGGAAGGCGAGCAGGGGGGUGCGGAGGCCCCUCGAAUCAAGCCCGAGCCCGGCACGGGGGAGGUGCCACUGCCUUCACAACCCGCACCUUCUUCGCAGCGCCGUGCGUCAGCCUCCGAGGUCGCGCCGGCGGCGUGGGAGGGCAGCCUGGAGGAGCUGAAGGCCCUGGUGGCCUCGCUGGAGCUGGCCACGAGAUUCGCAAGGACCCUGGCGCAUACCAUGCCCCUGCUGGCCCAGCUCCUGGCUUCCGCCUCCGUCUCUGAUGUCCAGGCAAGAGAGACGGUGGCCUUCCUGCUGACCUGCAAGCAGUUUGGGGUGGACGGCGUUGAAGCCACCACCCGGCGCGCGCUGCCGCUGGUCUUCUCCAGGGACCCUGCCAUCCGCACGCGGCUGGUGGAAGCCGCCGACCAGCUUUUUGUGACGGGGUGGGCGGGGAACCUGUUCACCCCUGCGGCGGCUGCCAGGAACCUGAUGGACCUGGCCAGCGACGCCACCCUGGGCGAGCUGAGCUCCCUGGCGGCGCUGGUCAAGGAGUUUGUGGACCGCGACUUCCUCUCCCCUGCCGUCGUGCUGGAGCUGUGGGCCACCCUGGACCGCGCCUCGGGCCCCUCCAAGAACCCAGCGGCCCAGGGGCAUGAGACGGCUGUGCGCCACCUGCGGUCCGCGCUGACCCUGCUUUCCUACGUCGUGGCAGCGGCCCCCGAGGGCGUCACAAGCGGCCAGCUGGACCUGCUCCUCGGCGCGGGCCUGGGCUCGGCCGACGCGCUGGCGUGGUACUGCGCGGCAGGGCCGGCCGUGGACGCGCUGUUCGCGCUGCACCCGGAGCCGGGCCGGGUGGUGGCCGCCGCGCUGCGCGCACUGAGCUCGCGUGCCGCCGCCGGCGACGGCCGCGACCUGGGGCCCUUCUUCUUCCUCCUGGGCCACGCGGCCCUGGCACAGCUGGUGUACGUGGACGGCCAGGCAAAGCGUGCACGUCGCGUGCUGGCUGGCGUGGGCCGUCCGGCCGGCCAGGCAAAGGGUCAGGAGGCAGAUGCAGAGGACAUCAACGCGGAGCUGGGCGUGGGCUCCGUAGCUGCCGACGCUGAGCUGGAGGGGCAGCGCGAGCGGGCCGAGGCUGAGAUCCUGGGGCCGGCGAGCCCCUUAGCCCCCCACGCCCGCCUCGUCUCGGCGGUGUGUCACAGCCGGGCCCUGCUGACGGGGGACCCGGGGCUCAGGGCCUCGGCCCUGCUCUGCCUCGUCAAGCUGAUGGCGGUGGACGGCGCCUUCUGCUCCGCCCACCUCCAGCUGCUCUUCACACUGCUCCAGAACCGGGGCGUGGAGCCGGGGCUGAGGUCCACGCUUGCCGUGGCACUGGGCGACCUGGCCCUGCGAUUCCCAAACAUGCUGGAGGGCUGGACGGAGCGCAUGUACCGCCCGCUGCAAGACGCCGACACCAUGGUUCGCAAGAAUGCGCUCAUGGUGCUGUCCCACCUCAUCCUGAACGACAUGAUGAAGGUCAAGGGGCACAUUGCCCAGCUGGCGGUCUGCCUGGUGGACCCCGAACCCCGCAUCCGCGCGCUCGCCGAGCUCUUCUUUCACGAGCUGGCCAAGAAGGAGGUCAAGGGCACCUCGCCCAUCUACAACCUGCUCCCCGACAUCCUUUCUAAUCUGUCGGCCGACAGUCGGCUGGGCAAGGCCGACUUCCAGAGCAUCAUGCAAGCACUGCUGGGGUACAUCAAGAAAGACAAGCAAGGCGACGCACUGGUGGAGAAGCUGUGCCAGCGCUUUGCGGCAAGCGAGAGCCUGACGCAGUGGCACAACGUCGCCUUCUGCCUCACCCAGGCGAGUGUCGGGGUUGCGGUGGAGGGGUUGCUGCCCAUCAGCGACAAGGGGCUGCGCCGGCUGAGCGAGUCAUUCAAGAUGUACCGGCGCACGCUGGGGGAUGCCGAGGUGGCGGCCGCCUUUGCCAGCAUUCUCGCCAAGGCGAAGCGAUCCGCCGCCAAGGGCGACGUGAAGGCGCUGGUGGAGGAGCUGGAAGCGAGGAUGGCCCAGGCCGCCGAGGAAAGGGCGGAGCAAGGCGAAGACCCGGCAGCUGGAGAUGCGGUGAAGUCCGAGCCCUGCGAGGCCGCCGUGUCGUCGCUGGCGGGACAGAUGGACGGCUUGAAGGUGGAGACUGGACAAGGCGAUCCCACUUUAGACGAGGACAGAUCCUCGCCAACCCCAGGCGCCCCCACCAUCAAGCCCGAUCCUGAAGCAGCACAGGAGGGGGUUGGUGUCCAGGAUCUGGUGGCCAAAUUCGGCGGCGGACUGACCCUGAGACCCUCCCGCAGCAGGCAAGGCAAUGCAGAGGGGAUCAAGGCGCAACCAUUCGCCAAUGUGGAGGAGGAUGGCAGCAGUUCCAUCCCUGCUCUGCACUGA